AUGGCUGAAUGGUCAACAUUGCCCUGUGAUAUUCUCGGUGAAAUAGCCCUGAAAUUGGAUUCAUGCGAUAACUUUGCUAGUUUUUCUGCGGCUGUGGUACUCAACAUUGAUGAUGACUUAUUUGUGAUGGUGAUACAUAAGCCGUUUCACAAUCUAGCGUUGGCUCGCCCCGAAGACCGGGAAUGGACUCCGAUACUAACAGAAUGUAGCAAAAAGCGCCAGGUUAUGGAUGUCAUGGAUUGGGAUGGGAAAAUAGUCAUCACGUAUAUGGAUGGAUCACUUGCAUAUUGUGAUAUUGGUAAACAUCCCAUUAAGCCAAACACUUUUACGUCCUUAUUUUUCCUCGAUGUUUUGCAAUUCGAAGCAGUUGGAAGUGUGUACAUUGUGGAAUUGGAUGGCGAUUUGCUUGUUGUCUUACGCCAUAGGAAGAGUGGUCUAAAAUAUGAUGAGCGGGGUCUACGUACUAGGAUUACCAAGCGUUGGUCCAACGGAGAUUGCUAUCGUACCUAUGAUUUCCAAGUUUAUAAAUAUGUUGGUAACACAACUAAUUCAUGGAAGCAGGUUACGGAUCUGGGUGAACAUUUGUUAUUUCUUGGUGAUAAUAUUGUCAUUGCUCUUCAUAUAUCAAAGGCUCCUAAUUGCCACCAAAAUACUAUCUACUUCAUUGAUGAUGAAACUUAUCAUUGGAAAAUGUCGUUCGAAACAGAAGUCCGUGGCCACGAUAUGGGUAUGUUUGACAUGGCGACCGAAAAAAUUCAACCAUUUUAUCAUAAAAGCACUGGUAUAAUAAAAACUGAUAUAAUUUCUCAGUAUUCUUCUCCUAUAUGA